CGACUAUAUAUCAAAAGUGAAAAGACACCAAAGUUCUGACACGCACCUGUUACUAACAAAAUGUUAGAAACUGCCUUGAAGAAAAGACAGAUACUUAUUUUUGUACUUGGAUGGAUAGCAUACGCAUCUACAUAUUUACUAAGAAAACCAUUAGGUGUUAUAAAAUCAAAUCUUGAAACAGAUUUGCACUUUUCAAAGACUGAACUAGGAUGGUUAGAUACAGCUUUAUUAUUUCCAUAUGCUGUCAUGCAGAUGUUAUUAGGACCACUUGGUGACAAAUUUGGAGCUAGGAAAACAUUCAGUUGCUGUCUGAUUUUGUCUGGUUUGUCUAUGAUUUUGUUUGGAUGGACAGAUGGAUUUUAUGGAAUGUUUGUUCUUCUUUUCCUCAAUGGAACAGCACAGGCUCAAUGUUGGCCAAACUGUAUGAAGUCACUAGGAGCUUGGUACCCAGAUAGUGUCAGAAAUACAGUAUUUGGUAUGUUUGGAACUUGUGCUUUUGCUGGUGGUAUUGGAGGAACAGCUCUGGCAGUAUACCUACAGAAAGUCUAUGGCUGGAAAAGUGUAUACUUUACACCAUCAGUAAUAAUUAUUGCUGUUGGCAUAUUUGUUUGGGCUCUGUAUCAACAACCAGAUGAAGUAGGAAUUGAAGUUCCAGGCAAAGAAAGGAAUGCAACUUCUUCAAAAACCGCUGGAAAAUUAACAUGGCUACAGAUGUUGAAGAUACCUAUGUUACCUGAGAUUGCUGUUUCAAUGUUUUGUCUAAAAGUAGUCAGAUACUGUAUGUACAUGUGGUUACCUAUGUAUUUACUCCAAAGGUUGAAAUAUACUCCAGCAGUAUCUGGAAUGUUAUCCACAGUAUUUGAAGUAGGUGGUGUUUUAGGUAGUGCUGUUAUCGGCUUUCUUAUAGACAAAUUUUUCAAAGGAAGAACAAUAUUUGGUACCGGAGUUUCUGUGUUAUUAUCAGCUAUUUCCCUCACUUUGUUUUUACUGACAUGUGAUUGGGGCUGGAUGUUUAAUGUAACAUUUAUGUUCCUGGCUGGUGCAUUCAACUGUGGACCUGAUAGCUUAUUGGGUGGUGCUGUUCCAGCAGAAUUAGGAGAACAGGAUGGUAAAAAUGCAGCAGCAUCAACAGUUGGUUUAGUUAAUGGUUUUGGCAGUUUUGGUACAUGUUUAGAAGGUCCAAUAAUUGGUUAUAUCUCAGCCCAAUAUGGAUGGUCUGGAAUGUUUUAUAUGAUGAUUGGAUUAUCAUUUGUAGGAACUGCAUCCGUGUUUAAAGCAGCAGCAAUUCAUAAAACUAAAACUGGCAGAAUUCCAGAAGCUGUUCCUCUUAAUAUGGAUGAGGUGUAAUCAAAAUAUGUAUUUUAGUUAUAAUGUGGAUUUCAAAUAUUAGGUACAAAUGUACUGGGAAAUAAUGUGAUAAUGGUCUAUUGUGGAAUAUUUCUUGUGGGUUUGUUAUCAUUGAUCAUCAUUUCUACAAUCAAACAAAUAUAUUUUUGUUCCAUUGUCAUUUAUCUAAUAUAUGUGUGUGUGUAUUUUAUCAGUGAAUAAAUUUUUGGCAUGAAAGUAAAUUUAUGAUAUGAUUCUCUUAGGCUGCAUUUUAUGUAUGAUGGACUUUAGACAUGUUUUGUGUAAUGAUUAGAUUAAACCAAACUAAUUUUUUUCUGGACAAUGUUAACUUGAUUAAGAUUUUUUUAUUCCAAACAACAGUUUAACUUCUUGCUUUAGCUCAUUUCUUCUUUAUACUGAAAGACAUAUGAUAAUUGUUGUUCACAACACUUUUAAAAAGUAUUUGUUAAUCUAUCACUUGUUCGUUGGCAUGAAAAUGUUAUGUUGGUCAUGUCAAAAUUUUAUAAGGAUUGUAUUCAUUUGUUAGUUAUCUGUUCUCUUAGUUGGUACACAUGGCAUGAUGGGAAGUUCAACCCCCAAUAGCAGGAGAGAUGUUUGUAGAAUUUCUUCUGUUUAAUAGAUUGGCAGUAGUGAAGAUAGAAUUAAAUGUAAAUUCCAAAAUAAUUCUGUGGUUCAAAUUUGACAAUCAUUCAUUCAUAUUUUAUUUCAUAUUUUUUUUUUAUUUGGUCUUAGAAUUCCUGCAAUCUUUAUAUACCUGGUGCUAUAUGAUUAGUGGUAUGUCAUCUGUGACUUGUUAUUUCUUAACUGGGAUAAAGAUUAGGGUUAUGGGUUAAUAUCUUAUUGUGUCUCCACAGUAUUGAACUAUGUUCAAGAAUAAUACAUUUGUUUCUGCUAACCCAAUUGCAAUCUACCCUAAUUUUUAGUGCCUAUUCCAACACUUUUUAUGCCAUUUUGGAACAAGC